AUGCGCUCUUCUAUUUUGUCGCUCUGCGCAUUGAGCGCUUCAUUAAUCAAUGCCUCGCCAGUUGGGCUAGGUUGCUACGACGAGUCUGCCUUUGCACCCGAAGACAUCAUUCAACGCGACGUACUCAUUGUCGGCGGUGGUGCUACGGGAACCUAUGCGGCUGUUCGUCUGCGUGACCAGAACAAGACCGUCGCCGUUGUGGAACAAGCGGACAAGCUCGGAGGACAUGUCAACACCUUCCGUGACCCCGCCACGGGGGCCCCCAUCGAUUACGGUGUGCAGGCCUUUAUCCAGAACGACCAGACCACCGAAUUCUUCAAGCGUUUCGACGUCGCCUUGAACGCAUCUGUCUUGUCUCCCUUCCCGAGCAGGGUUGUUGAUUUCAAGACUGGCUUUGCCAUUCCCAACGCCACCGCCGUUGACCCCAACCAGCUGGUCGGACCUCUCGCGAACUACUUGUUUGCGACGCUGAACUUCGACUUCCUCGCUGAGGGUGCCUAUGACAUCCCCGAGAAUGUUCCUGAGGACCUGCUGCUGCCCUUUGGUCAAUUCGUCGCCAAGCACAACCUGACCGAUGUUGUGCAAGUUGUUUGGAUCUUCGCUCACGGCGUUGGCAACCUGUUGGAGACACCCACCCUCUAUGUCCUUCAGAACUUUGGUCAGGCUCAUCUCCUUGGUCUCUCAUCCGGCUACCUCUACGCUCCCGGUGGCAACCAGGAAGUGUACGACAAGGCUGGAGCUUUCCUCGGAAAGGAUGUCCUGUACUCAAGCACUGUUGUCGCCUCCGAGCGUACCGAUGCUGGAGUUAAGGCUGUUGUCAAGACCGCCAACGGCAGAAAGCUCAUCAAGGCCAAGAAGCUUCUUAUUACCAUCCCCCCCACUACCAAGAACCUCCAGCCAUUUGACCUUAACGAGUCGGAGACCUCCAUCUUCGACCAGUGGCAGCAUGUGCCGUACUACGUUGGUGUUGUAUCCAACAGCGGCCUCCCAUCCUUGACCAACUUCCUCAACGUCGAUGUCACUGCCCCUGCUUUCCUUCCUCAGACGCCUUUCGUCUGGCGUCUCGAGACAGUUGGCGUCCCCGGAUACCAGACCGUCAAGGUUAUCGGCGAGGCUGACUCUGCCAAAGCCCAGGGUCUGGUCACUGGCGCUGUCAGCCGCAUCAGUGCUGCUGUUAAUGGCACGGCGACAAGCGAGGCUCAGUUCAGCGCCUGGGAGGAACACGCCAACUUGCAGCUCCAUGUGUCUCCGGAAGCUGUCAAGGCAGGCUUCUACAGGAACUUGUACGCUCUCCAGGGCAAGAGAAGCACUUACUACACCGGUAACGCCUGGUGCUCUGACUACUCUCCUCUUCUCUGGGCUUUCACUGAGAAGAGGGUGCUCCCGUCCCUUUAA